GCUAGUUCCGUUAUAACCGCAGAGGACGGCGAAACGUCAACGAAAACCUGGGGAAGGUUUUAAAAAAAACGGUUAAAAAAAAAGUUAGUUCCGCUCUUAGCAUGUUUUCACAUGAAGAAAUCUGUUAAAAAGCGAAGAACAGGCCCCCCCCCCCCCAGUGCGAGGACCCUUCCAACAUCAGAGGCGAUGCGAUGUGAGUGAGCUAUGACUUUUAGAAAUGGACAGAUUUUAUCCAAGCGAAAACAUGGCGCCUCUUUCCCCAAGUUUGGAUUAUUUUCCAGUAUGUUCUUCACUCUCUGUUGCCUGGAGGCAUGGGGCUGGAGCCCAGCGCACGGGGACGGCGGCAGCGGGAGGAGUUGCGGGAGCCCGUGUCCCGGUAACUGUACGUGUGUUCUUGCACCAGGGUCCCGGGAAUCGUGUGUUGUUAAUUGCACGAACAUCGGUCUGGAGCGGGGACCAGCGGCGGGGGAUCUCCCACCGGGAACUAACGUCCUAGAUCUGUCCAGGAACCGUAUCUCAUCUCUGGAACCAAGUCUCUUUGAUCAACUCAACUCCCUACGAGAACUGUAUCUACAGGACAACAGAAUCAGUGUUCUCCCCAGAGGGGUCUUCUGCUCCAGACCCCUGUUCUCUAUACUAGAUUUGAGUAACAACCAGAUCACCACCAUAGAAGAAGAAAUAUGUGAUCAUUUAUUUAAUUUAACAGAAAUUGACUUAAGCAGCAACCCGUUUGUGUGUGACUGUAAGUUAUUUCGUCUGGUGAGCUGGCUUCAGGAGAGGGGAGUGCGGGUGCGUCACCCAGAGAACAUGCUCUGUGUCCAACCGCCUGACCUGAGACACCAACCACUACUCAACGUGUCACUGCUCACCUGCGGUCUGAACUAUGCAGCCUGUCUGGAGGACAGUGACCACAGCGGAGGAGGCAGUGAGCUGGUCAUCUUCUCUUCAUCCACGCCGGGUAACUUCUCCCGGGAGGAGUGUAACUCUGUGUGUUACAGGGCCUCCCAACGCUACGGGGGCCUGGGGGCCCGGAGGGAGUGUCUCUGCAGCACCAACUACGAACCCAACCGCAUCAGUGAAGCUCAGUGCUCUGCUGCCUGCACCAAGCCUCACGUCAUGAAGGAAUGUGGUUGGACGUUGGCCCAUGACGUCUUUGUGGUGGACUUCGCUGCGUCUCUCCUUCCUUUCCCUCCCGUCAGCGUCCACUCCUCCGCUCAUCUGUCUAUCCUCUCUUCGGUGACCCCUGUCACCCUCUCCUGGGACUUCGGUGACCUUUCACCCCGGGUCAACGCUACGGAAACGGUCGACAUGACGACGCGUCAUAAAUACGCCGUCCCUGGGCGCUACCCUGUCAGUGUCACCGCCUGGGCCGGACCCAAGGAGGUGUGUGCACGCAGGGAGGUGAGAGUGACUCUGCCCCCUCGGUUGGAGCUGCACUGCCCACCGCUGACCGUAGCCAAUCAGAGCCUGGCGGUAAGACUGGUCAGCUGGGGGGGCGAGGGCGUGGCGGUGGACUGGAGGAUCACUAAGGACGGACAGGAGGCCGCCAGAGCCACCUCAUAUUGUCCCAGGGAUGCAGUGUUCCAAUGCAGUGUUACAGACUCGUCCCAGUGCUUCCAGUUGGUUCCAGGGGAGUUCAGCUGGUCCGAGGCCAGGCGACAGUGCUCCUCUACAGGGGGAGACCUGGCCGUGGUCCGCACUGACCCGCUACACAGACGGCUGGCCGACAGAGUCACACAGUGUGUGUUCUCUACCCCCUACAGGGAGCGUAGUGUUUGGUUGGGUCUCAGUGACGUGGACUCUCCAGGCUCGCUGCGCUGGGUGGACGGAUCGGAGGCGCUGGAGGGCGAGGGCGGAGGGAGAGACCGGGCUACACUGGUUCGGGGGAAAGUGUGUGUGUCUCUAGACCACACAGCUCUGCCCAGCUCACACCCCUGCAGCACUAAACGGGCCUACGUCUGCCAGUACAGCCCCCAAGUGCGUGUUCCUGAUGCAGGGGUGUACCUGGUGGGCUUGGCUGUCUUCCCCACCCACAGACCUCUCUGUAGCCCCGCCCCCACACCGCUCUCCUCCCCUGAACCACCAGCCAGGAGCAUAGAGCUCCUGUUGUUCCCAGCGUUGGGGUUUGUUCAGGCAGGUCGUGUGUCAUCUGUAGAGUUCAUCUGUCAGGAGCUGUCCUCAUACACUCAGCUUGUCCUACAGAUCUACAGACCUCACUGUGGCCAGCACCCUGGACUAACCCUGCUGCUGCCUGGAUGCGGUGGUCUCCUAUGUCAUCCUGUGGCUCUGUGUGUCUCCAUGGAGCCCAGCACCUCCACCCCUUUACCAUCCACGUCCUGCCCUCCUCCCCAGCAGUGGUGCCCCUUCCUGGGCCGCUGCCUGCCCCUAGCCAGCCCCUGCCACCCUGGAUCCUGUGCCAACUGUACCCAGGCAGACACUCUGCCACACGGGGCGCAGCGUCCCAGCUACAGCCUGGUGGAUGAAGUGGUGGUUACACUGCCUGCUGGACCUGUUGCACACAUACUGGUGAGGGAGCAUGUCGAGGACCUGCUGGUCUCCCCCGGCGACAUCAUCGGCCUGCAGCACAACGCUGGCCCCGCCUCCCUGCUCCACUGCGACCCUUCACCCCAGUCGCCGUGGCGACAGCCAAUCCUGGCCCUCAACCAAUCUGACUGGCUGUGGGCCAACUCCAACCAAUCAGAAGGUUCCGUGGACCUGGACCAGAGCGUUGAAAUUACCCUGGAGGAUGUUCGAGGAGGAGUCUGGGCUGCGGACGUGGUCUGCCCGAUCAGGGUGCUCUACGUUGGGCAUAGUGAGACCCAGCUACAGGGGUCCCAGCUCUCCUCCGGCCUCUCCCAGCCGGGGCUCUAUAGCCUGGAGGUGACCUCCGACGACCCUGCCUUCCCCGUCAUGGCGUCAUGUCCCAUCCGCGUGGUCCCUCCCCUGGGCCUCACCGUCCUCCACCCCCCCUCUCAGAACGGAACAUACUACUUCAGGCCCAACCAGACGGUGGUUCUGCUCCGGGUCCACUCUCAGUACGGAGCCAAAGUCCACUGGCAGGGAAGCAACCAGAGUGUCCUCUUCCAGGACCACUGCCCCCCUGACUUCCUGCCCACUGUGGGGGAGUGUAGAGGGGCAGGCAGGGCAGAAGAACCAGGGAGAGGCGGGGGGAACCAGAGCCACAGUCUGUUUGCGGUGAUAGAUCUGGGGCUCGGGGAGGAGAGGGGGCCGGUGGUGGUGAAUCUGUCAGCACACAGCGAGGUGACGGAGGCCAGUCUCAGCCUGUUGGUCAGGGUGGAGGAACCUCUGAGAGGUCUGGUGGUCCAGCCUCAUCCCAGACACAGAGUCCUCAUGGAAUCAGUCGUGAGCUAUACUGCUGCUGUAGAGGGAGGUUCCAGCCCAACCUUUAAAUGGACUGUGGAUGAUAAGCCCUACUUCACCUACUACAACACCGUGCUCAACAUCAUAUACCAGAACCCAGCUGUCUACAAACUAUCGGUGACGGCGAUGAACCAUGUGAGCAACCUGACGGACCACUUCAACGUGACGGUCGACCGUAUGAACCCCAUGGUCAACCUCACGGUCACCGGCGUGCCUGGCGUGGUCACGCAGGGCUCGGACCAGUUCCUGACCACCUCCGUGGUCCUGGAUGUGUCCGUGGACGCCACCUUCCGGUGGUCGUUUGGAGACGGAGGUUACCAGGAAUAUGACUUUAAACCUCCCUACAACACCUCCCUGUACCCUCCCCUACCAGACUCCCCUACACAGGUGCUCCUGCCCAACAAAGUCAAGUACAAGUACCAACAGCCAGGAGUGUACACCGUCCUGGUGUCUGUGUCUAACCAUUACGAGAACAGAACCCAGCGCAUCGACAUGCACGUAUACAGUGUCCUUACCCACGUCGACAUAGAAACAGAGCCCCGCCUCCUCCAGGCCGGCCAACCAGCAGCUUUUGAGGCUCACGCCUUGCCCUCUGCCUAUGGCAUCGUCUAUACGUGGGAUUUUGCCGAUGGCUCCGCCUCCAGAGAGGGGCCUCAACGUCGCGUCAACCACACCUACGAGGUCGGCCACAGUGGCGUCCAUAAUGUGUGUGUGUCCGUGAAUAAUACCAUCAGCUGGACGAAGGCCUGCGCUGAGAUGUUGGUGUACGAGGAGAUUAAAGGGUUAACGGCGACCUCCUCCGCCCCGACCGAGCUCAACACCCCGACGACGGUCUCUGCACACCUGGAGGCAGGUAACAACGUCACCUGGAGCUUCGACAUGGGCGACGGGUCCAUGGUGACGACGGCGGGUUCCGAGGUUCCGCACACCUACGUGAAAGACGGGAACUACACGGUGAACGUGACGGCGCGGAAUGCGGUGAGCGCCCGCUGGACCCUGGUACCUGUCCAGGUGUUCGUGCUGCAGGUGGUGAGGCUGGAGCCGGCGGGCUGUGUCCGGGAGCUGACCCAGGUCGACUUCCAGGCCUUCGUUUCGGGGAAUGCCUCCUCUCACCUGUAUGAGUGGAGCUUCGGGGACGGGACCCCCAACCAGACACACCUGGGCAGCCCCAGGAUCAGCCACUCCUACUGGGGCAGCGGGGACUACCACCUCUCCCUGCUGCUGUCCAGCGGCGUCAACAAGGCCAACUUCUUUGCGUGGGUUUGUGUCCAGCCGGCGGUGUCCAACGUGACCCUGACCCCAGAGAAAUGUAACUUCAGACUGGGGGAGGAGAGCCGGUUCAGGGCCAGCGCCCAGCCAGACUUCGACUACACCUACUUAUGGGAUUUUGGGGUGAUUGAGGACUCUACACCUGUCCAGGGCCAUACGGACAUGGUGUUCACCUAUAAAAACCCUGGUCAGUACCUGGUGAUGGUCACUGUGUCCAACAACAUCUCCUGCAGUAACGACAGCGUCCUGAUUCAGAUCCAGCGGCCGGUAGGACUGGUCCUGAUCCAACAUAACGGGACUAGAUCCAAUAACCUGACUCUGAGGGAGGUGUACCUCUUCACCACCUCUUCGCUGGCGCCUGCCAGCCUCUACACCUGGGAUUUCGGCGACGGAACGCCCCUCACCCCCGGCCCGAACGCGACACACGCCUACAACGUCUCUGGAGUCUUCAAUGUCACGCUGACGGCGGAGAACCCGGUGAGCAGCAACCACACCCGGGUUGCCGUGGCGGUCCUGGCACCCAUCCGCGGCCUGGUGGUCAACGCUGAUCGGGUCAACGUUCCCAUAAACGCCACAGUCAACUUCAAGGCUCACCUGGAGGAAGGCGACGGCGUAAGGUUUUCGUGGAACCUAUGUGACGGCUGCACGCCCAGGCUCCAAGAAUGGAAGACUCAUUACACCUUCCGGUCGGUGGGGACGUACAACGUCAUCGUCACGGCAGAGAGCGACGUGGGCUCAGCCCAGGCCAGCAUAUACAUCUACGUGCUUCGGGAGCUGGAGGGGCUGCAGAUCCAGCCUGAGGAGGAGAUGGGGGGCGAGGGGGGGUGCUGCUACGCUACGAACCGUGUGCUCCACCUCCAGGCCGCGCUGAGGGAAGGAACCAACAUGUCCUUCAGCUGGAACCUCCUCAGGGAGUUGGCGCCGGUCAGCACUGCGCUCAACCUCAGCGGGAAGACCAUCCCAGUCAACUUCUCCACCCCUGGUCCCUGUGACGUCUUCCUGCGGGCCACCAACCUCCUUGGAACGCUCGCGGUGAACAGAACCAUCCAGUUCCUCGAUCCGGUUGGAGAGCUGUACCUGGAGACCAGCGUCAACCCUGUGGCGGUCAACUCCUCCACUAACCUGACGGUGUUGGCCAGUAAAGGCUCGGACCUGCAGUACCGGUGGUCGGCUGAUGAGGGCGCUCUAGGCUGGAAUGAGCCCUCUGUGGUUCAUCGGUUCACUGUUCCAGGAAUGAAGGUCGUUACUGUGGAAGUGUCCAAUGAGGUCAGCUCCGAUACGGUGUCCAAGUUCAUUGACGUCCAGGAAGUGGUAACAGGAGUUACGUUCUCUGCGACUAACGUCACAGAGCAGAACUUUGUGGCCACCGGCGUCAAUGUCUCCCUCCAAGGAGAAUUAAGGACCGGCACCAACGUAUCUUGGACCUGGCUGUUGCUGGGCAGAACAGAAAUGGGACGGAGGGUGUCCCACGUUUUCCAGGAACCAGGGCUGUUCACCGUUAUGCUAAACGCUACCAACGACGUAAGCGGCGAGGCGUUUUCCAGAGAGUUGACGGUACAGGAUAAGAUUCAGGGUUUGGAGCUGAGGGCCAGUAAGAGGAUCGCUGCGGUCGGGGAGAGGGUGGAGUUUACCAUCGCCAAGGCGUCAGGGACGAACGUGAGCUUCAUCCUCAGCAUCAGCGGAGACUCGACCGUUUUCGGCCUCAACCAGACCUACGUUCACCAGUUCAGCCGGGUCGACACCUACAUGGUAAACCUGACCGCACACAACCAGGUGAGUUCUGAGCGGCGCCACCUGCAGGUGGAGGUGAUGGAGCCAGUGAGCAUGCUGAGUAUCCUGGACUGCUGUGACGCCGCCAUGCCUGUGGGCGUCAAGAAGACCUUGGUAGCCGACAUCCUGACAGGAAACCCGGUGACCUUCCUGUGGACCUUUGACCUUAACCACCUCCCCCUUCCCCACAUCGGGAAAGAGGUGACCUACAUCCCCGACCAGGCCGGGUCACUCACCAUCUACCUGAGGGCGUUCAACUUGCUCAACGGCCAGAACAUCACCAAGCACAUCCAGGUGCAGAACGUUCUGACGGAGGCCCGGGUGGAGGCCCGGCCCAGAGACACCUUCAUCAACAAGACGGUGAUGCUGAUGGCGGGCGUCACGCCUCAAUCCACACCCGUUACCUUCCUCUGGGACUUUAGGGACGGCUCUGCGCCCCUGCUCUCCGCCACUUCCUCUGUUGAACAUGUGUUCGCGUUCCCAGGUCAAUACCUGGUCCAGGUGAACUGUAGUAACUUGGUGAGCUGGGUGGUAGCCAGGGUGGAGGUGACCAUCAGGGUGUUGGAGUGUGAGGAGCCAGAGGUUCAGGUAGUCCAGGCUCCUAGGCUAGCCAUCUGGCGCUACCAGCCCACCCUGGUGGAGGCUAGCGUGGACCUGAAGGCUUGCAUCCGCUAUGGAGCCCAGUACCUCUGGGAGAUCUUCUCCACCCCGCACUGCAACUACGACCAUUCGGUGGCAGCACCUCUGGCCUCUAAGAUCCCUCUCCCGGGGGAAGUAGACGUGCGACGGCUGCAGCUCUCGCUGCCCAAGAUGGCUCUGCGUUCGGGGAACUACUCGCUGGUGUUCUCCCUGUCCUACCAGGGGGUUCCCCUGAGGAAGGCUGCCUGUCUACAGCUAACCGUCAUGGCCGCCCGCCUGGUUCCUAUCAUAGAGGGAGGGACCUACAGGGUGUGGUCCAAGACCCAGGACCUGCAGCUGAGUGCUGAGCAGAGCUAUGACCCCAACAUGAGCCUGGACAACCAGUCACUACUCCACUACCACUGGGACUGUGUCUCCACCUCCAAGGGGCCAUCGUACUGUACCAAUCUGAACUUUGGUCUGGGGUCCAGUGGUCCUGUCUUGGGUAUCCCUGGCUCUGAGCUCCAGGCAGAUGUAGAGUACACCUUCAGACUGACGGUCCGCAAGGAGGGAAUGGCCCCAGAGUCUACUACACAGACCGUGCUGGUCCAGAGUGGUCGUAUCCCCAUGGUCUACCUGGAGUGUGUCUCUUGUAAGGCCCGGUCCAUCUUCGAGGUCAGUCAGAACUCCUAUGUCUACCUGGCUGGAACCUGCACCAACUGUCACCCCUUCCACCGUGGGCGUUGGACGGCAGUCACCCUUCGUAACGAGACCCUGGUCCUGGACUCCAGCAGCACAACAACUGGACGUGACAGUAUGAACCUGGUUCUCCGCCAGGGCAUCCUGCAAGAUGGAGAUUCCUACGUCUUCACCCUCCACGUAACCGACGGCAACAUGGACCGCGAGGGCGUGGCGUCCAUCACGCUACAGCCCAACAUGCCCCCGGCGGGCGGGGACUGUGACCUCCGAGUGGGGGAGGAGGAAGGGGGACCAAUCAGAACACUGGUGGACAGGGUGUACUUCAACUGUUCAGGUUACAGUGACCUGGGCGUGUCAGAGACCCCUCUCCUGUAUAGCCUGUUGGUGACUCGCUGCAGUGACACGCACUGUGAGGAGUUCUGUGUGUAUAAAGGGACCAGUGCAGAGCACUCUGCCUUCCUGCCCCCUGGGUUCAGAUCAGGUCGAUACAGGGUGUCAGCAUCCAUUACUGUAGAAGACCACCAGGGGGCAGCAAUCACCGCUCUCAACAAGUCUGUGGACGUGGUUCUUCCAGACAGUCCUCCAGGCUACAGCAGCCUGCCCCACUGGCUCAGUGAGCUGACCUCCACCACACUCAGACAGCUACUGAAACAGGGAGACUCACAGAGGGUCAGAGAGCUGUCCCUGGCCCUGAUCACUGUUCUCAAUGAGUAUGAGCAGACCCGUGAGUCGCCGAUAGUAUCCAGGGCAGAGCGCGGUUACCGGGUCAUCGUGCGUAGUGACAUCACCAGAGCUCUCACGGCCCUCGACCUGACAACAGUUAACGACAUACAGCCUCGGCACACUCCAGACCUCGGCUGCCCUGGCACAAUGCACUGGCACUAUGAAGUACCCUGCCUGGCACAAUGCACGGCGGUGAGUCGUGAGUUUAUCUGUGAGGAAUGUCAGAACAGCACGUUGAAUAAGCUGGAGUUGAUGUUGGACAUCCUGGAGACAGACACCAAGCAGGGAACAGUCACACCUACUGAGAUAGCAGACAACAUCCUCAACAUCAUGGGUGACCUUAUCCACCAGGUAAGCCAGUCGGCCUCCCAGCAGCUCUUGGGGCCCCCCUACCCCGACCUCCAGCUGGACUCCUCUUCCCCAGCCUCACCAGCCCCCCGAGGCACACCCCUGCGCGUAGCAGCCCAGGCCUAUAAUCUGUCGUCGGCGCUGAUGCGUAUCCUGAUGCACUCCCGCGUCCUUAACGAGGAACCACUGGUGCUGGGGACGGAGAUCGCCGCCACGGGAAAACGGGCCGACCCCCAGUCGCUGUUCUGCUACCACGACGAUGACUCACCGGAGUGCAGACGGUUCUCCAUCCCCAGAGCCUUCAACAACAGUCUGAGCAGAGCAGCUACCAGCGUGGUACAACUCAUGUUCCAGGUGGAGCCCAACCCGUUCCCCUUUAACUUUGUGGCUAACUACACAGUCAGUACCGAGGUGGCCUCCAUGGAGUUCCGGGCAGAGAACGGUUCCCAGAUCCCAAUCUCAGACCUCGACGACAACCAAGCCAUCACCGUUGCCGUGAACAAUGGCAGCGCCACCGACAGCAAUGGGGCAGGGGUGACGGGAGUCCCUUUAGCCAGGGACAUUAACGUGAGCCGGUGUGACUCUGUCAUCGUACGAGUCAGCGCCGGUAACUCCAACCAGCAGGCCGGACUGUUCAUCCAACUCAACUUCACCACCCUGGACGAUGGGGUGAGGUCAGAGGUGAGCGAGGCGGACCCCUCCAUCAUGACCUACCUCCACUCCUCCAACUGGCCCAACGAGUUCAACUUCACAGACAGGAAACACAUCACACUCAGCAUGACCAGGGGGCGGGACCUGGACCACAGGAAGUACACCUUCUUCCUGUCCCCAGAGUCCCAUGACACGACCCUGGACUACUAUGUCAACGUGACAACGGGCUGUACCACUGACUCCCCCAGCGCGGGGGUGCGUCUGGAGGUGGGUGUGUUUACGUCCCUGUGCCAGUACUUCAGCGAGAGCGCCAAGCUGUGGCGUACGGACGGCAUGGUGCCACUGGCAGAGACUAAUGCCAGCCGGGCCGUCUGCAGCACCCGCCACCUCACAGCCUUCGCUGCCAGUCUCUUCGUUCCACCUGAUGCUGUCACCUUCAUACGGCCUGAGCGGGGGGUUCCCAGCCUCGUGGUGUUGUUGACGUGUGUGGUGGGGUUGCUGUGUUACGCCGUGGCGGCGGCCAUCUUACAUAAACUGGACCAGCUGGACCUGAGGAGGGCGGGGACGGUGCCGCUCUGUGGACACGACGGAACAUUCAAGUACGAGGUGCAGGUCAAGACCGGCUUCAGCCGCGGGGCAGGCACGUCGGCACAUGUAGGCAUCAGUGUGUACGGCUGUGAGGGGCGUAGCGGGCAUCGACACCUGGACAGCCCCGGGGCCUUCGCACGUAACGGACUGGACAUCUUCCACAUCGCCACGGAAACUAGCCUGGGCAGCGUCUGGAAGAUCCGCGUCUGGCACGACAACAAGGGUCUGUCUCCAGCAUGGAAGCUCCAGUACAUCCUGGUGAAGGACCUACAGACAGGAAGCAGUUACUAUUUCCUGGUAGAGGAGUGGCUGUCAGUGGACAACGAGAGGACAGAUGGAGGCGUGGAGAUAGAGGUGGAGGUCUCAGAAGAGGCAGAGCUUCGUCGGUUGCCCCGCCUCCUGAACUGGGAGCUUCAGCGUGCUCUGUGUGAGAGUCACUUGUGGCUGUCGCUAUGGGAACGGCCCGUCCGCAGUCCCUUUACCCGCCUCCAGAGGGCAACAUGCUGCGCCCUGCUGCUACAGCUCUGUCUGCUGGCUAACACCAUGUGGUACAGCACCGUGGCCAAUAGGAGCUACAGCUCUGUAGCAGUGUCCAGGCUGGUGGUGGUGAAUGUGGAGACUGUGGCUGUGGGAGUGGUCAGCUGUCUGGUGAUUUACCCCCUCUACCUGCUGGUCUUCACUCUCUUCAGGAUGAGUCGUAGCAAGUGUGUGUCAGUAGAACAGGUGCCGUCCUCCCAGGUGGACCAGGAGUCAGUGGAGAUAGAUGACUUCCUGGACAACUCCAUGGCAGGAAGCUCCUUCCUCAUCUUCAACGGUGUCCCUGGAGAG